AGCAAGCUCUGAACUCCCCGGGAUAACUCCAAUUUGCAUUUAUCGGAUGAAGAUCACUGUGGUGCCAUUGCGCGCAACGGGUUUCCAAAUAUAAGACGGGGAGCGCGCUGGAGUCGUGAGGAGGCUGAUAGAGGUCCACUCUUUUCCCCUGUUUGUUUGGGUUCAUUCCUCUCGCUCCCUCCUUCCUCGUCUGGAUUGACUAUAGGACGCAUUCAGCUAUCUGGAGGGACACCUUUUACUUCCCGGCAUCUCACACCAGUAUAGGCAAAUGGAGCAAACCUAUGGAGAGGUGAACCAACUAGGCGGCGUGUUUGUCAACGGGAGACCCCUGCCCAACGCCAUAAGGUUGAGAAUCGUGGAGCUGGCCCAGCUAGGGAUCCGACCCUGCGACAUAAGCCGGCAGCUGCGAGUCUCCCAUGGCUGCGUGAGCAAGAUUUUAGCGAGGUACAACGAGACGGGAUCCAUCUUGCCCGGUGCCAUCGGUGGGAGCAAGCCGCGCGUAACGACGCCAAACGUGGUGAAGAACAUCAGGGAAUACAAACAGAGCGACCCCGGGAUCUUUGCCUGGGAGAUCAGGGACAGGCUUCUAGCCGACGGUGUUUGCGACAAGUACAAUGUUCCCUCCGUGAGCUCGAUCAGUAGGAUUUUACGCAACAAGAUCGGGAAUCUCUCCCAGCCUAACCAGUACGAGAGUAGCAAGCAAGCCUCCGCUCAGGCCGGGCUCUCCUACAACCACAUAUACCCUUACUCCUACACCAACACAAUGUCUCCAACGGGCACCAAAAUGGGCACCCCACCUGGAGUACCGGUAACUGCUGGGCAUGUGAGCAUAUCGAGGGCCUGGCCUUCCCCGCACACCGUCAGCAACAUCCUGGGAAUACGAGCGUUCAUGGAUCCUACAGCAAUUGCUGGAACGGAGGGAUAUCCGACAAAAAUGGAGGACUGGAGCAGCGUGAACAGAGCAGCUUUCCCUGCUUCUCACACGGUCAACGGGAUCGACAAGCCAGGCAUCGACGCUGACAUAAAAUACGCUCAGGUAAGAGACAGAAAACCCCCCAGUCCUCUGAGCAAACAGCACCAACAUGAAGACUUGAACAGUGUGCAUGGACUCUCUCUCGCUACCUCAUCCUCCUAACUGGGACUCAAACACACCCUAAUUACCAGACACAUUUAACUGAACUCAUUUCAACAGCUCCAACAGUAAGUGAGAUCACUACAAUGGCUUGUUUGUGACUGACAGUCAAAAACAAAAAAAACGCAGGCCCCGUCAACAUGCGUAACGAGUGAGCUCAGCAGCUCUGUCGGCCUUCAUGGCUACUUGAAUGUAAGCUUGCAUGGAUGUAUCGGUGUUUUCCCCUCCCUGGUGGAUAGUUUAUUUCCCAUUUUUUUUAUGUUGUUGAAAUAUUUCAUGUUGCUAUAGGCUGUAUCUAAUUGAGGCUACAGGAUAAAAAAAGAAAAAAAAAUACAUGUAAAUCCGCUCAACGUUUAUUAUAAGACAAGGUCUAUUCAGUGAUUCGCCAUUUAUUAUUGUCCUAAAUUGUGACCACGAGUGACUUGACGAUGCGAACAAAGUUAUAAAUUGUCUAAAUGUAAAAUAUAUACUAAAGCUUUAAUUAUAUAUUUUUAUAAUUUCAUUGUGAAUAUAUAUAUAAAAAAAUAAAGGCCGUCUUCAAUGCCAUCUGUUGUUCUAGCCUACGUUAUUGUUUUAUCGGUCCGUGAAGUGGCACCAAAUUGAAGAAGGGGCGCUAACUGGCUAAUGUAGAGUUAAGAUACCAGUAAUCACAUUUUGUAAAGGUUUUCUCCAACUUUGUUUGCUCUUAACUUCCCUCUUUCUAGGGUCAAUGUUUUAAUACUAUUUAUUAUUUUUUUUCUUGAAAUUGAAAGCCUGUAAUUGUGAAAAUAAUGAAAUCACCCGUCUUACACUGACCGAGCUGAAAUUUGGGAAAAUAAGUUAUUUUCAGUGAACAGAGGACUCGGUUAAGAGAGUGGCGUUUUGCUUGUCCUGACAACUUUAUAUAUGCUAUGCGGGGCAAAAACCUAGAAAAAAGCCAGGACUUUCUUCAUAUGAAAGCAUUUCUUUUUUGGAAUUGAACCCUAAUGUCGAUAACGAUUAGACAACUAUUUAGUGGGAAUUUUGUUUACUCAGCCAUGGAGCUCUCUGCAGGCUGGGCGCCUCCGCUGAUGCUAUCUGGCUUGUAAUUGAUACCCGCCAUGAUGGAAAUCAGAGGGCUGAUCGUACACCUUCAUCAACAGGGUCGUACAGGAGAGCAACUAGAAAUCAUGGGCUCUAUAUGCACCCACACGAAGCCCCAGGAAUAUGUUUUAUCCGCAGAAGUGACGGGGAUUUUCCCCAAUACAGGCCUGUGUGGCUCUGCCCUCCCUCUCCUACUUUGUAAACAGUUUAUUCCUGUAGCCUGUUUGUUUUCUGCCAAUUCUGACGAAACGACUUCUCAUUGCACUCCCUCACAGGUUACUGUGUUCCACUGAAAAAUCGUUGCAAAACUUUACG